AUGGUGCAGCGCAUGUGGGCCGAGUCGGCCGGGCCCGCGGGCGGCGCCGAGCCGCUGUUCCCGGGCUCCCGGCGAAGCCGCAGUGUGUGGGACGCGGUGCGCCUGGAGGUGGGCGUCCCCGACAGCUGCCCGGUGGUGCUACACAGCUUCACGCAGCUGGACCCAGAUCUGCCGCGCCUCGAGAGCUCCACGCAGGAGAUCGGUGAGGAGCUGGUCAACGGGGUCAUCUACUCCAUCUCCCUGCGCAAGGUGCAGCUGCAUCAUGGGGCCAGCAAGGGCCAGCGCUGGCUCGGGGGUGAGAACGAGUCGGCGCUGAACCUCUAUGAGACCUGCAAGGUGCGCACCGUGAAGGCGGGCACGCUGGAGAAGCUGGUGGAGCACCUGGUGCCCGCCUUCCAGGGCAGCGACCUUUCCUAUGUCACUGUCUUCCUGUGCACCUACAGAGCCUUCACUACUACCCAGCAGGUGCUGGACCUGCUCUUUAAAAGGUACGGUAGAUGUGACGCCCUCACGGCCUCCCCUAGAUAUGGCUGCAUCCUGCCCUACUCCAGUGAGAAUGGCGGACCUCAGGAGCAACUUAAAAACGCCAUCUCCUCCAUCCUGGGGACCUGGCUGGACCAGUACUCGGAGGAUUUCUGCCAGCCUCCGGACUUUCCCUGCCUCAAGCAGCUGGUGGCUUAUGUGCAGCUCAACAUGCCUGGCUCGGACCUGGAGCGCCGUGCCCACCUUCUUCUGGCCCAGCUGGAGGACCUGGAGCCCAGCGAGGCUGAGCCCGAGGGCGAGGAGACCUGGGCGCUAGCAGCAGCUCCAGUGCUGGCUCUGAAACCAACUCCAGAGCUACAGCCAGAGCCAGCUCCAGAACCAGCCCUGGCACCCAGUCCAGUGGCAGCACCAGCAUCCGCUCCAGAGCUGCAGCCCACAGCACCAGCCUCGGAGCUACAGGCAGCUCCAGCACCCGUUCUGGAUCAGGAGCCAGUUCCAGCACCAGCUCCAGAGCCAGAGCCAAUUGCAUCACCUGCUCCAGAACGGGAACCGGCCCUGUCACAGACUCUAGAGCCAGAGCCCACUUCAGCACCCGCGCUGUCAGUGGAACCUUGCUGGCCUUCGCCUGUGUCCACGGAGAAUGGGCUGAGCCAGGAGAAGCCUCACCUCUUAGCAUUCCCUCCUGACCUGGUGGCAGAGCAGUUCACGCUGAUGGAUGCGGAGCUGUUCAAGAAGGUGGUGCCCUACCACUGCCUGGGUUCCAUCUGGUCCCAGAGGGACAAGAAGGGCAAGGAGCACCUAGCACCCACUAUCCGUGCCACCGUCACCCAGUUCAACAAUGUGGCCAACUGUGUCAUCACUACCUGCCUUGGGGACCGGAGCAUGAAGGCCUCAGACAGGGCCCGGGUGGUGGAACACUGGGUCGAAGUGGCCAGGGAGUGCCGAGUCCUGAAGAACUUCUCCUCUCUCUACGCCAUCCUCUCUGCCCUGCAGAGCAACGCCAUCCACCGCCUGAAGAAGACGUGGGAGGAGGUCUCCAGGGACAGCUUCCGAAUAUUCCAGAAGCUAUCUGAGAUCUUCUCUGAUGAGAACAACUACUCCUUGAGCAGAGAGCUGCUCAUCAAGGAGGGGACCUCCAAGUUUGCGACCCUGGAGAUGAAUCCCAAGAGAACCCAGAGGCGGCCAAAGGAAUCGGGUGUCAUCCAGGGCACCGUCCCCUACCUGGGCACGUUUCUCACUGACCUGGUGAUGCUGGACACUGCCAUGAAGGAUUAUCUGUAUGGAAGGUUGAUCAACUUCGAGAAGAGGAGGAAGGAGUUUGAGGUCAUUGCGCAGAUCAAGCUGCUUCAGUCAGCCUGCAACAAUUACAGCAUCGCGCCCGCGGAGCACUUUGGGUCCUGGUUCCGGGCCAUGGAGUGGCUCAGUGAGGCCGAGAGCUACAGCCUGUCCUGUGAGCUGGAGCCCCCAUCUGAGUCUGCCAGCAACACCCUCAAGACCAAGAAGAGCACUGCCAUUGUGAAGCGCUGGAGCGACCGCCAGGCCCCCAGCACAGAGCUCAGCACCAGCAGCAGCUCCCACUCCAGGUCGUGUGACCAGCUCAGGUGUGGCUCCUACCUCAGCAGCGGGGACAUCACAGAUGCGCUCAGCGUGCACUCGGCCGGCUCCUCCAGCUCCGACGUGGAGGAGAUCAACAUGAGCUUCGUCCCAGAGUCCCCUGAUGGCCAGGAAAAGAAGUUCUGGGAGUCGGCCUCCCAGUCCUCCCCAGAGACCUCCGGCAUCAGCUCGGCCUCCAGCAGCACCUCCUCAUCGUCCGCCUGCACCACGCCCGUGGCCACCACUCGCACCCACAAGCGCUCCGUCUCGGGGGUCUGCAGCUACAGCUCCUCCCUGCCGCUCUACAACCAGCAGGUGGGCGACUGCUGCAUCGUCCGCGUCAGCCUGGACGUGGACAACGGCAACAUGUACAAGAGCAUCCUGGUGACCAGCCAGGAUAAGGCUCCCACUGUCAUUCGCAAGGCCCUGGACAAACACAACCUGGACGAGGAGGAGCCCGAUGACUACGAGCUGCUGCAGAUCAUCUCAGGGGACCGCAAACUAAAGAUCCCUGAAAACGCCAAUGUGUUCUACGCCAUGAACUCUACCGCCAACUAUGACUUUGUCCUGAAGAAGCGGACCUUCUCCAAGGGGGCAAAGGUCAAGCACGGAGCCAGCUCCACCCUCCCUCGCAUGAAGCAGAAAGGGCUCAGGAUUGCCAAGGGCAUCUUCUAAGGACAUCUCCCUAGGGUGGGCUGGCCAGUGGUGAGCACAGAGACGAGAGUGGCUCAGGACAAGCAGCCCCCUUCUACCCACCUGCCAGCCCAGGCCACCCCCAGACUCCAGUUCACCUGAACCUCUCCUGCUGCCGGGAUUGACACCUGCCAGUUGACAGGCUGACCUGGCCUCCGUGGACCACCCGCUGCCUUAGGUGCCUUCUGCUCUCUGCCACAGAGGACUAGCUGACUGGCUAAGAAGCGCUGCCAAUGGGCAUGGUGCUCUGCCUGCCCCUGGCCACUGCCCUCUGUACAGUUCCUGACACCUUCUCAGGUGCAAGUCACCACCACCUGUGCCCGCGGGGACCCCAGGGCGCCCCUCACCCAGCGGGUCUGACCACUGCAGUUCUCUCCUGGUGCCUACAGGCAUUCGCCUGUGACCAUCCUGGGGUCCUGGCCCCUCCUCCCACCACUCUAGCCUUUCUCAGGCUGCACCAAAGAGUCCAUCUCCAGGGCCAACUGAGAGUAAGGGUGUCACCCACCACACAGCCCGCCCGCCCGCCCUGGGAGCGGAGAGAGAAGCCCUCUCAUGGGCCACACUCUUCACCUGGCAAGUGAGGACAGCUCCGUUGGCGUCGAAUCUCCUGCCACUGAAAGUGCCAUUCACCACUGCAUCCUGGGCUUUACGAGACCACGUGAGACGGGGUUUGGGGGAAGGAGGGCUUGGGGGGAGGGGGAGGGGUUGAAUAUUUGUAUAAAAAGCAAAAAGCAAAAAAAAAAGUUUACUGAUUGGGUUGGGGCAAUAUUUAUUUGUUGUAAAUAGAAAAUGCUAGACUUGAAUAUUAUAUUAAAAUUCUGUUUCUACUA